UCUUUCUUUCUCUCCUUCUUCCUUCAAAUUUCAAUUUACCCAUAUUCUCUUAUCAACCCACCCACACACCCAACUUAAAAUGCCUUGAAAUUCAGAUUUAAAUUGAAUGUUCUCCCCAGCCCAGUGUUUCCGAAUGAAAUUGACUUAGUCUUUGUUUGACUAAAUGGGGUUUGGCGAUCAAUUUUUCAAUAUCAUUUGUUUUCGAAAGAUUAUUUUAUUUAUCCGAGAAACGUAGUUCUUCAAAUGCCUUUCUGGGACUACAAAAAAAAGGAGAUUUUUUUCUCGGAACAAGUUAGUUCCACCUUCCAUGUGGAGAGAGUGACUGUUAAAUUAACAAAGAGGAAAAAAAAAAACAUGAGAAUGGAAGCCGCCGAUGCAUACAGGACUUAUCUUACUCGAGCUGAAUUGUCUUCAGCAAAGGAUACAUGCCUCAUGGAGAGUAAUGGGAACUUGGUAAAGCAUGUUGAGAAACAAACCACUCGAGUUUUGUUUUGUGGACCCCAUUUCCCUGCUUCUCAUGAAUAUACAACAGAGUAUCUGCAAAAUCAUGCCAAUAUCAAGGUUGAUGUUCUCUCUUUUGAAGAUGUGCGCAAGGAUAUUGCCAAGUAUCAUGUCUGCAUAGUAAAAAGCAUGAAGCUAGAUUCAGACAUAAUUUCUCGUGCGGUUCAGAUGCAACUUAUAAUGCAGUAUGGUGUUGGGCUGGAAGGUAUUGAUAUUGAUGCUGCAACAAAGCAUGGAAUCAAAGUUGCUAGGAUCCCAGGUGAUGCUACCGGAAAUUCAGCUUCAUGUGCUGAAAUGGCCAUAUAUCUAAUGCUAGGUCUCCUCCGAAAGCAAAAUGAACUGCAAGUUUCCAUACAACAGAAGAAGCUUGGAGAGCCAAUUACUGACACUUUAUUUGGUAAAACUAUAUUUAUUUUGGGCUUUGGGAACAUUGGAGUGGAUUUAGCAAAGCGUUUGCAGCCAUUUGGUGUACAAGUUAUGGCUACAAAGCGUAGCUGGGCUUCAUAUGCACAAGACGUUAGCAAAUUAAACAGAAAUGAUGAACGUGAUCUUGUUGAUGUGAAGGGUAGUCAUGAAGAUAUAUAUGACUUUGCUAGGAAGGCUGACAUUGUUGUUUGCUGCCUAGGAUUAAACAAGGAAACGGCUGGUAUUAUAAACAAGUUCGUAUCUUCUAUGAAAAAGGGUGCGCUUCGUAAUAUUGCUAGAGGUGGUCUUGUGGACUAUGAGGCUGUGAUAAAAAACCUUGAAUCAGGUCACUUAGGAGGGUUAGGCACUGAUGUUGCUUGGACCGAGCCGUUUAACCCUGAUGACCAGAUAUUUAAAUUUAAGAAUGUUAUCAUGACUCCUCAUGUUGCAGGCGUUACUGAACAUUCUUAUAGAUCCAUGGCUAAGACUGUUGGUGAAGUUGUUCUUCAGCUUCAUGCCGGGCUUCCUUUGACAGGAAUAGAGUUAGUUAAUUGAUUUAGUGCAAAAAAAUAAUUUCAUUAUCGUCCACUUCCAGAAUUUUAUAAUUUAAGAAGAAUUCUGAGGUGCCAAAACUCUGCAUUUUGAAAAGAAAACUAAGAUAAAGCUAUGUUAUGUGUUGUCCAUUUGUUGUUUCCAUCGUUGUAAAUGACCAAUUGUUCUUUAGUAGUGGGCUGUGGAAACGAAAUGAACGUUCUGUUAUAUGCAGACAACUAAUAUCACUGAAUGAUGUUUAUUACAAGUAAUGGUUUGAUUUUGGAUCCCAUUACCAUGAUUGGAAA